CCGAGGGCGUUCCGUACCCACCGGACAGGGAGUCCUGAGCGCCGGCCCGCGAGCAUGCGCACGCCGUGCUUCCGCUUUGCCUGCUCCUGGUGGUGGUAGAUGUCCGGCUUCGCUCCCGGCGCGUCUUGAGAGCUGCUCUCCAGCGCCUCAGAGGCAGAGGCUGUGGCCUCCAUGAGACACAACCACACCAGGGAAAGAUGAGCAGAGACAUCUGCAUCCAUGCCUGGCCCUGCUCCUACUACUUGGACCUUGAGAAACGAUGGGUCCCUGGGAAACUGUCCUUAACGUCGCUCUCACUGAAGUUCACAGCGGACAGAGCUGGUGAGGUUCUUGUUGGCUUUCCCCUCUCCAGCAUCACUGAAGUGAAGAAGGAGGCUUCACAUUUCAUCUUCAGCUCCAUCACCAUCCUGGAAAAGGACCAUGGCAAGCACUGGUUCAGCUCCUUGAGGCCCAGUCGCAAUGUAGUCUUCACCAUCAUUGAGCACUUCUGGAGGGAGCUGCUGCUAUCUCAGCCAGGAGCUGCUGUGAACACUGCGUUGUCCCCCUCGACCCGGGGGAAGGAGCUCACUGGAUUGAUGGCUAGGUCCCAGAAGCGUCUGGAAGAUACUGCGAAGGUCCUUCACCACCAGGGCGAGCAGCUGGGCAGUGUCAUGAGGGGCCUGGAGAAGAUGGAGUCAGACCUGGAUGUGGCUGACAGAUUGCUGACAGAACUGGAAUCUCCUUCCUGGUGGCCCUUUAGCCCCAAGCUUUGGAAGAUGCCAUCAGAAUCAAAGUCCAGGGAAGGUGCCUCAGUGGCCAGUUGUGAACCUUUUGGAAAAGAAGGGAUUUUGAUUACAAUUCCCGCUAUUAUUUCUGAAACAGGGUCUCAAGCUAAGUCAGGAAAGCUCACCAUCCUCAUUUCUGGAUUGGAAAUCCAUGACUCCAAUUCUUUGCUCCUGCACCAAUUUGCAAGAGAAGACAUAGAUGACAUUAAGGUUCACUCACCUUAUGAAAUCAGCAUACGGCAGCGGUUCAUUGGGAAGCCAGAUGUGGCUUAUCGUGUGAUAUCUGCCAAAAUGCCAAAAGCUAUCCCCGUUCUAGAAGUGCAGUUCAGCAAGAGGAUUGAGUUGUUGGAAGACACCUCAGAGCUCAGAAGCACAGGAGUGUCUUUACCCACAGAGAAGAGCUGCUCUGUGUGGCACACAGCUGCUGGCCUGCUGGGCUGUGCUGGCCGCCAUGAGCCAGCUGUAGGGGGCCAGGAAGGUGCGCCGCUGGAGCUGCAGAGGAGUGCGCCGUUCCUUUCUGAGGAGGAGGCCGAGGAGCUGAGUGAGGUCCUGAGGAAGCUGAAAGGGCUCGCCCUGGAUGCUGAGGCAGAGCUAGAGCGGCAGGAUGAGGCCCUGGACGGCAUCACUGCAGCUGUGGACCGAGCAACCUUGACCGUGGACAAGCAUAACCGGCGUAUAAGGAAGCUGACCUAGGAGAGUGUGGAGUGCAGAGGUCACUCCUCAGAGGAACUGCAGGAGGCCCAGCUGCCUCUGAUCCCGAUGGCCGUGUGCCGGCUGCUCUACGGGCACCGGUCCUACAUUAUGCAGGACAUGCUGUGUGCUGGAGACAUCUGGAACUGGAAGACUGUAUGUGAGGUGAAAGGUGGGGCCAGGUGGGGGUGCCCUGGGGUCUCACACUCUGAAGUGCUGCCGUCAGGGAGGGACCGUGUGAGUGGGCGAGCCCCACACUCUGGAUUCACAGGAAGCCCCCUCCUCCUUGGCAGGGAGACUCUGGGGGCCCACUGGUCUGUGAAAUCAACGAGACCUGGUUGCAGAUUGGAAUUGUGAGCUGGGGUCGUGGUUGUGCCCAGCCCAUGU